AAUAAGUCAUAGCCAUUUCAUAAGAUGAGUUGAUCAUUCCAUUGGACAAUGCUGUCAUUAUGAGGUCAUUACACUGUUUUAUUUUUCAAAGGUAUACACAUUCAGUGUGUUUUUGGUUGAAAAUGAAGCUGAAAGCAGGAGUGGUUCUUCAUUAUUUGUUCCUGGAUAAUGCUUACUGUCUGAUGUCAAUAAAAAAUGCCAAGAUUUUAGUGGAGUAUUUCAAGAUGCUGGAUGUGCACAACAAGAGCUCCCUUAAUGAUAUCCAGUUUUAUCAUUUUCUCCACUAUACAACGGAUCUGUCAGAUAAGGAAAUCAUGUUGAUCUUUGACAUGUUGGACUGGAAUGCCAGUGGAGAGAUUGGAUUUGAGGAGUUUUACAUGCUAGUCUGCAUCCUGCUUGCUAAUCAGAACAACGUUGAGAAGCAGUUCAUCUCACGUCACUCCCGGCCAGUGUUUGAGCUCAUCGACAUGGACGGAGGACACACCAUCAGCCCUGCCGAGUUCCAGGCCUCAGGAUUUCUCUUUAACCUCAAAGGACACGCUCUCAACCAGAUCUUCUAUGACUUUGAUGUCUCAGGGGACGAGAACCUGAGCUACAAGGAGUUUAAGAUGUUCGCCAUGGCUUGCAUUGACAAGCAAGAGCAGACAAAGAGGGAGAAAAAGAAAAAGAAAGAGAAAAGCACACUGAGGAGCCUGGGAGCUUGCCUAGUGAAGAGCGCUAACCCAUAACAGACAAGCCACAAACCUUCCCCCGCACAGAACAAAGAGUUCGGAGGAGGACGCAUUAGUCGAGCCUAUCAGGUUAAUGCAAUGCAGAUUACAAAUGACAUUAUACAAACACGUGCAGCGCUUUAAUAAAC